AUGGAGAAGAGUGAUUCUGGCGUGAACGUAGCAGUGGAGCAGGAAGUAGGUGUCGACUUUGGGUUAAUGAGCGAGAACGGCAAACAUUGGGAAGGGGUUGAAUUGCUCAGUGGACCGCGGCAAAGUGAUCCUUUAGGCGGCGGGCUUUGUCCACAAUCGGGAGCUUUUCCCGACGACGCUAACGAGCCGGGACUAGGUCAGGUAUGCAGUGAAAGUGUAGCUACCCUUAGCGAAACUUCGGUGUCUCAGGCGAACGAGGUGAACACACCGACAGUAGCAAAUUACAAUGUGCUACUGCAGUUUUUACAGAGGAUGGUUAGAGAUAAUAAGGAAAGAUUGGAAACGAUGGAUAAAGAUAAUAAGGAAAGAUGGGAAGCGUAUAAGGAAAGAUUGGAAGCAAUGGAUAAAGAUAGUAAGGAAAGAUUGGAGACAGUGGAUAAGGGAAACAAAGAGGCAAUGAGGAAGCUGCGUCUGUCCGCAGUUAAUAAUCGGUUAGAUGAAGAGGAGAAGAAUCUGGGUGCGUUGAAGCAAGUAUGCGACGCCGUGAAAGAAAUAGCCAAUAAUUUGGAGGUACAAAUAAUUGCAAAAGAGAGUUAUAUUAUAGAACAUAGAGGCAUGUUGACGGAUGAGCGAAUCAAAGAGGAAGACGAACUCAGAGAAUUAGAAGAACGGUUGUGUCGGGUAAAACGGGUGGCAGACCCAACUGGAAUUGGAGGCUUCACGGAUUCCGCCACCUCAGCCUACGACUCCACCAAUGGCCCCUUCGCUGCUCGCAACCCAGCCACGGUCGCCCCGCCUGCUGUCGUCGAAGUCGCCGCUGCCAGUCCGGUUACCUGCAUGGGACGGGCGCCUCUCACCGCCACCAAGGCCCACCUCCGGCCACUGCUGCCGCCACCACCACGUUCCUCCGUUUUGCCGGUACCGAUGGCCGCUGAUGCUGCUGUCACGCCGCCGCCGCCCCCGCCGCCCCCGCCGCCCCCGCCGCCCCCGCCGACGCCGCAGCCGCCCAUGGAGGACGUUGCUCCACCUGCUCAUCCGACCAUACCCAGUGGCGGUGCGCAGUUUUCCACCAGCAAUUCGGGGUCGCAAGUGGAUAGCACAGCUCAGUAG